GGACUGAUCAGGAAGGAAGUAACCUUUAAUGAACUCCUGGUCAUGAAAAUGAAUAAGCACCCAAACAUUGUGAAUUAUUUAAAGAGGUGAGUGGUUGUUGUUUUGUUGUCCCAGCAAUGUUUGUUUACAUACUGCAAGCAUGCAAAGUUAAAAACCCACUUUGGUCAUUGGCAGAAAAUAGAGCUGGUAAUUAUUGGUUAAUUAUUAUUUCUCUACUUCUCUCCAGUGGAUGGGAAGAGAGUGCAUUUGGUCUGCAUUAAACCACCCUGGCAAAUGCAGUUUGAAAAUUUUUCAAAACCCUGGAUCAGCCCUAUCUUACUAAUUCAAUACCCUGUAAGUUCACUGCCUCCACAUUGUUUUGAGGCUUGAGUUUUUCAAAUUUUUCUCAGCACCUUUUAACUCUGAUAAACCAUCCUAGAGAGGAUUUCCCUUGGAUUGUUGUCCCUUUUCCAUUGCUUUGCAUGCCAGGAAGAUAAGCUGUUUAUUUCCAGAAAUAGCAUGUGUGACACGUCUUUUAUCUAGGCUGUUACUAAACUGCACUUUUUGCUUGCUGGCCAUCUAAGACAUCUCCUUUUUCACAGCUGUACCUUUCUCCUUGAGACUGCACAGAUUGCAAACAAGGCACAGCUGAGAGAGAAUGUCUAUUCCUUUUAUUCUGUCCUUGUCACAAAGGCACCCGGAAACAACCCUUGGUGUUUUCCAACAGCAACGUUGUUGUUUUCAAACAUGCACGUUCAUCUCCACCCCUUGUUUCCUUCUUUCAGCUACCUUUUGGAUGAGCAGCUCUGGCUGGUCAUGGAGUACAUGGACAGAGGCACUCUGAGCGAUGUCAUCAGCGAGACUCACAUGUCUGAAAGAGAGAUGGCAGCCAUCAGUCGGGAGUGCCUGCAAGGCCUGGAAUUUCUUCACUCGAACCUCGUGAUCCACCGAGAUGUGAAGAGCAGCAACAUCCUUCUCAGAACCGACGGCUCUGUCAAGCUGGCUGACUCUGGCCUCUUUGCUCAGCUCACCCCUGAGCAGAGUCAACGGAGCUCAGUGGCCAGCACUUCUGGGUGGAUGGCGCCUGAAGUGGUGACAGGUCAACCAUAUGGCCCCAAAGUGGACAUAUGGUCUGUUGGAAUCGUGGGCAUCGAAAUGGUGGAACGAGAAGUUCCUUACCAGAAUGAAACUCCUGUUUUGCACAACUCCUGAUAGCCAUACAAGGGACACCAAAGCUGCAGCAGCCCAACCGAUUCUCGCCUUGCCUGUGUGACUUCCUGAGCUGCUGCCUGCAGACAGACGAGGCGCGGCGCUGGUCUGCCAAGGAGCUCCUGCAGGUAAAAUGCAAAGGGGCUGCAGGUGAAAGAGUGUCUGAGGGAUGGGCUCCUCCUCCACUGAGGUCCAAGGCAUCAGAUGAGCCCCCUUCCUCCUCACCUCCACUCCUGGUGCUUUUCAAAUGAAAACAGUGAGGAAUUCUAGUCUGGGCUGGGCUGGGCUGGGAGGGCCCUGUAAAGGUCAUUUGGUCCAAGUGUCCUGCAAUGAGCAGGGACAUCUUUAAAGAGAUCAGGUUGCUCAGAGCCUUUUCCCACCUGACCUGGAAUACCUGCAGGGAUGGGGCACCUACAAGCUCUUGGGACAACCUGUGCCAGUGUUGGACCAUGCUCCGAGGAAACAAGUUCUUCCUUAGAACUAAUCUGACUCAAUCCCAAUUUUGCUUAAAAAUAUUUGCCCACAUUCUAUUGUAAUUGGCCAUGUUAAAAAAAGAUGUCCCCCAUUUUCUUCAAAGCCACUCUGAAGUCUUGGAAAGUGGCAAUAAAGUCCCCCUGGGGCCUGUUCUUCACAAAGCUGAAUAACUCCACCUCUCUCCGCAUUUCCUCAGAGGACAGGUGCUCUGUUUUCUGGCUGUUUCUGUCACCCUGUUUUGUAAUUUGGUGGGUUGUUCCGUUUUAUCUAAUGGCAAAAGAACUGAAGUACAGCAAUGCAGGGUACACAGCCAUGAAAUGGUGGUGGAGGAACCCAAGGAAGCCAGUCCUGGCAGAGCAGUCUGGAGAGAUUUGGCUGUGGGCAGGAGGGGCUGUGGGGGGCUCACUGUGAGCCUCUGAGGGGCCCCGGUUUGUGCUCCCCACCCUUAGAGGUUUCUGGCACGCAGACAGUGGCAGCUGAGAGGCACUUGUCCCAGCCCCAUCUGCUGCCUGGCACGCUCAGGCAGAGGGGAACUGGCCCAGGCUUACUGCCAGGCUGUGUGGCAGAGAGGGAACUGCAGCAGCCAGCGCCACUCGGCUGGCCCUUCUGGGAAGGAAGGUGCCAUCCAGCACCGGAGGGGCAGGGCAUGGAAAGGUAGACACUGCUCUGUCUCCUUGUGGAAAUUAGCACGGUGCCUGUCUCUCAAAGACAGGGACCUAUGUGGGUCAUUGGAGUUUCCUGAAAGGAAGAAACCGCAGGGACAGAAAGCACCAUUUCUAGAGCACUGGCAGGGCAAAAAUCCCAGCUAGAUGAAGACAACACAAUAAAGAGAUGAAUGGGAUUCUGGGCCAGGUUUGCCUGUGAUGGCAAGGUCCUGCACAUAAAGAUGGAGGUGCAGAUGGUCCCAUUGGUCCUCUUUCUGCAUCUUUCUAGGAGCCAGAGGAAUCCUCUGAAAUACUGAGCUUGGAAUGUCACGGUUCAUUGGUUUUUGUUGGUUUCUUUUCCU